AUGCGAGGUGGAAAAAGAAACGCGAAAAAAGAAGAAGACGAAGUGGAACAAAUGUUACGCGCCGCACAAGACGAGAUCCUCUUAAACCUCUCCCUCAACUCUCACAUAUCUCGUCCUUCUCCUUCUUCCUCCACUAUCCCCAAUCCCGAUCCUGAUCUGGAUCUUGAUCUCGACCGUCGAUUUCAAGCCCUAAAAAUAAUUUCCAAAAAUCAACAACCGUUGGAUCCCUCCACCAGAUUCGAUGCUCUCAAAGCCAAAUCGCAUCCGCCUGUGAACGCUAACGAUAUCGUCUCCGCAUCGGAACCGCCGUUUCGAUAUGAGGAAAGUGACGAGGAAGAUGAAGAGGCGCAGAUUCAGAAAUUGAUUGAAUGGGCGAAAGAUGCUGCAAGGCUUGAUCCUUCUCCUCCGUCUCCGGCUGUUUCGGACGACGAAGAUGACGAGCCGUCUGUAUCCGACGAUGAUGAUCACCGCCGCAAAUCGUUGAAAUAG